AUAAUAGUAAUUUUAAGUUAGUUUUUAUAAAAGAUCAGAUAUCAUUUACAUUUAAAAUGUCAGAUAAACCAAAAAAAAACAUCAGUUUCAAAAAGUAAUGAAGAUUAUUUUUAUGUUAAAAAUGUUAAAGAGUUAGAAGGUGGCCGUUCACGUAGCCAAGUCAGUCGUUUUGCUCCAGCUCCAACUGCAGAGUCAUCAAAGGGUAGAGGUUUUGAACAAAAAUCAGAUGUUCAAACAUUAAGAGAUAUCCCAGAAAUAUUUAAAAAUAUUAAUAAUAAAAUCAAAACUGCAGAAGAUAGACAAGAGUUAGUUGGUAUCCAUCAAAUUAUCUUUGGUAGAGCUGGUAAACAAGGUGAAAAUAUUAAAACCAAUAUUUUAGGUUUUAGUGGUUUUGCUAAUGGAGAAGAUAAAGAAAAAAUCAGUGAUCGUAUUGCCAAUAAACUCGAGGUCGAUGAUUUUGAUUAUUAUUUUGAUCUCUUUUUAAUCAAGAAACCAAAAUCAGAAGAAAAGUAUGUUGAUGCUCUUGUUGAUUUCCUUUUUGACCCACAAAACACAGAAAGAGCUGAGCCAUCCAAUGAUAAAAAGAGAAAGAGCGACCAAAUCGAUGAAAAGAAGGAAAAAAAAGAAAAUAAAGAUAAGAAAGAGAAAAAAGACAAGAAAGAACCAAAAGAAAAGAAAGAAAAAGAAUCAAAAGAAAAGAAAGAAAAGGAACCAAAGGAAAAAAAAGAAACCAAAAAACAAAAAGUUGAAGAAAGUGAAAAAAAAGAUGCCACUGGAGAAAAGAAGGUUACUAAAAAGGAUACUACAGCAGCUACUAAAAAGAAAGAAGAAGAGGCCAAUACCACUAAUAAUAAAGAGGAGUCAACUGAAGCUGAAAAGAAGCCAGGAAAAAAACCAGGUAAGAAAGCUGCUGCCAAAAAAGAUGAAGAACCAAAAGAAAAAGAAAAAGAAAAGGAAAAGGAAAAAGAAAAAGAAAAAGAUGAAGAUAAAACUGUAGGUGCAUCAGAUACUGAAAAACCAAAAGCUGCUGAAAAGAAGAAACCAGCUGCCUCCACUACCAAAAAAGCUGCUGCUAAAAAAGAAGAUAAAACUGCCUCAUCAGAAGAGCCAAAAGAUGAAAAAGAAAAAACACCAGAUGAAGCCUCAACCAAAGUAAAGAAAGUUCCAGCAGCCACUUCAAAAAAAGCAGCAGCCAAAGCAAAAUAAAUUAAUUUAAAUUCAUCUCUUUCAAAUUUGUAUAAUUCACCAUUUUUUUUUUUUUUUUUUUUUUUUAAAAAAUAAAAAAAAAACUAAAAACAAACAAGUAAAUAUUUAAUAAAUUUAAAGUU